AUGUCUUUCAGCACCAGAUCCUACGGUCAGAAGACCAUGAGUGUCUACGGAGGAGCAGGCGGCCAUGGCACCCGCAUCUCCUCCUCUCAGAUGAACUUUGCACCCUCUUCCAAAGGCUUCAACCUCUCCGACGGCUUGGACCUCCAUGUUGGAGCCAACGAGAAAGCCACCAUGCAGAACCUGAAUGACCGUCUGGCCUCCUACCUGGAGAAGGUGCGCACCCUGGAGAAGGAGAACGACCGCCUGGACAAGCAGAUCAGAGAGUGGUACCAGAACAGAACCGUCAUCAGCCAUGACUACACCCGCUACUUUGCCAUCAUCGAUGACCUGAAGGACAAGGUAAGACUCAUAUGGUCUCGAUUGAAGGUUAACAGUGAGUGUGCAGGGUUAGCUUGUUUUUAUGCAUUAUGUUAGAGAGUUUGUUAGUCAGAAUAUGAGGUAGAAAGCCCAAAAACUAAAAAGGUUCCCAUGAAGAAGUAGGCCAUCUCACUAAAAAACCACAUACCACGACCAGAACAUGAGAUGCUUAUUGUCAUAACUGUCAUACCAGAUACAUUCCUGUCAUUACUGUGCAUCACAUCCUGCUGCUACAGCUAGAUGUUGCAGUGCUACUCAUGUGAGGCUGUAAUGUAGGUUUACACCAGAGCCCCACUAUCCUUACAACAGCAAACACAUCUGGUCUACUUAGUAAGCUGGGCUUCAUGAAGUUAAACAGUGUUGGCUUGAGGUCAAAUCUAUGCAAACAAGCUCUAUGUCAUUUGAAGUGGAUUCGGAAUUUUUACAGGAGUUUAUUAAUGAAGUUCAUUAUGAAUGCGUGAAACAUUAUUCCUCCUUAUUUGAUAGAUUUCUUUAGAUUUCCUGAGAUUUCCUUGAAAUCAAAAUAUAUCAAACAUGGGCAGGGCUCUAUUUUUGCUGACCUGUUUCACCGUUUUGUUUGUCUUCCUCAGAUCCGUGUUGCCUCCAGGAUUAAUGCCAAGAUUGUCCUGGAUAUUGACAACGCUAAGCUGGCUGCUGAUGACUUCAAAAUGAAGUAGGUGCUUUCUUUGCUCUGUCACAAAAGUGAAACUUCACAGAUGCACCAAAGUGUGAAAUCAUGUCCUGACCCUAACCCACCCACUAAAAAGAGCUCUGACCUGCUCACGCCCUCAGGUAUGAGAACGAGCUGGCCAUGAGGAUGGCCGUGGAGGCUGACAUUGCUGGUCUGAAGAGGGUGCUGGAUGAGAUGAACAUGACCAGGAUGGAUCUGGAGAGCCAGUAUGAGGCCCUGAAAGACGAGCUCAUCAUGCUGAAGAGGAACCACGAGGAGGUGAGGAGUGAAGAAAGCUGCGCCCAUUUUUUAGAGCACACAAAUCUUACUGAGUCUUACUGUCGACUUAACACCUGUCAGCACCUCUGCACUCCCACAGGCAGGCCAACACCCACUCUGUGUACAUAACCACCGAUUAAUCGAACGUAUAAUCAGUCAUCCUUUCAGGAGCAGGGAGUCAAACACUAACCAUUCACAGUGAGACAGAGUUGUCACCAUUCAUUACAGCCAUCUAUUAUGUCCUCAUCUGUUCUUUGUUUGCUCAAAAAUGCCCUCUGCUUUACCUCUGAUAACACAGAGGAAAUCCAGUGUUGGCUUAAAGUUCUUGGAAACAGGUCUGUCGCCUCUCUCUCCCUCUGCACACUUCCUCCUAUUCUUCCUCCAUUCUCCCUUCAUUAGCUCAUGGCUCCUGUUUGUCUUAACUCUCCUUCACACAUGGACACACACCAAAGGGAUUAAAAAAACUAAACUCAACAGCUUGCAUGCAUCAAAGGUGAUCAAAAUCACAUUAAUCAUUUCAAGAAAAGGCUCCUGCUUAUCAUCUGUUGUUUUUUGACCCCUGCAGGAGAUGGUUCUGCUGAGGAGUCAGAUGGGCGGACAGGUUAACGUGGCCGUGGAUGCUUCUCCUUCUGUAGACCUGAACAAGGUCAUGUCAGAGAUCAGGGAGCACUAUGAGGGCGCCAUCGGCAAGAACCGCAAAGAGCUGGAGGCCUGGUACCAGAACAAGGUGAGAAGAUACGACUCUGAGGAGAACAGGCGACCUUUCAAGAGCCGUUAUACUGUGUCUACUAUAGAGGAUACUAAUGCUGUUUUACAACCUUCCUAGAUCGCAGCAGUUGAACAGGAAGUGAUCACACACACAGAGACCCUGUCAACAUCCCGCACAGAAAUCAAGGACCUGAAGAGCACCCUCCAGAGGCUUCAGAUUGAACUGCAGUCCCACUUGAGCAUGGUAUGUCAAACACACAUAUCACUGAGGAUAUGUAAGAAAAAACUGCCAGAAAUAUUUGCAUGAAUUAUCCGUAGUUACAUGAUGAAGUUUAGGAUGAGGGAUAACAGUCCUUACCUUACAAUUAAAAAUAAAGUUACAGUGAGCAAAUUCUCGCAAAGGUUUUAAAACUUUUAAACAAACAAGCAAUCUAUCGUGAUAACCUUAGGUUAAAAAAAGUGCAUCUUCUAUCUUUAGUGCAAAGAUUUGUUAGAAUCAUCAAUGCUCUGACCCAAUACGCAAGAAAGUUAGUAAGAUACAUGAUACCAGCCACACAAUCCCACUUGCCUUGUGCAGGUGUGCAGCAGAUUUUACACGGGCAGCUUGUAAGUUACCAUCUCUUGAGUUUCAGUCUCUGAUCUACUUACUGACCAACUUUGUCCCCUGACUCCAACAGAAAGCAUCUCUCGAGGGCACCCUUGCAGAGACUCAGGCCCGUUACGCUGCGCAGCUGGCAAACCUCCAGAGCAUGGUAACCAGCCUGGAGGCUCAGCUGUCCCAGCUCCACGCCAACAUCGCCAGCAACAAGCAGGAGUAUGACAUGCUGCUGGACCUCAAGACCCGGCUGGAGAUGGAGAUUGCAGAGUACAGGAGGCUCCUGGAUGGAGAGGACGACAGGUGAGACCUGACAGAGCCAACAUGAAAUCACAAUGUCAAAAAAUCUUUAAAAAAGCUUGAGACUAAUGGUUUUGUUCUUUCUUUUCUUUCCCAUUACCAGCACAAAACAAGGUAAGUAAUGCCUCAUAUGCAUCAUUUGAUCAUUACAUCACCUCCCAUAUUGUAUAGAUUUGAUGUGAUGUGGUUCUGACCGUUGUUUCUUGUCCCUUUCUCAGUGGUCACAAAGGUCAUCACAGUGGUGGAGACUGUUGUGGAUGGAAAGGUCGUGGAGAGCAGCAAGACAGUUGACGUUGACGUGGAUCAGAUCGAGGGAUAA